UAAUAACAUAUUAUUGAGUAAAAACAGCAGGUUAUAUAAUAGCAUGUAGAGCAUGGCCAUGUUUGUGUGUCUAGGUGGGGGCAUAAAGAGACAUCUGGAAGAUACUCUCAAAGUUUCCACAGUGAAAACCUCUGGGAGGGAGAACGUUGGAACCUUUUCAUGUUCUUUGUGCUUUUCUGUGAAACUUCUACUUUUACAACAGCAAAAGGGAUUCUCUUAAAAAAUGUGGCUUAUAAGACCUGAACUCGGGGCCCCCACUGCUUGCUGCCUAAUUAGGGCAUAGGGCAUUGGCUUAUCACCACCCUCAAGUGGAAUAUUCUACUUAUCUCACCAAAGUUUUAGACAACACUGGUUUUUUGGGUUUUGUUUUCUAGAUGAUAUAACAUAACAUUGGUUAAUAUGGGUUUAGAGUUAUUUAAAAUUUUGGGUCUCUAAGUUAAACCUCUGCCAAUCUGGGUGGUCCAUGGCCUGUAUAUGCAUAACUGAGUUUUGGAGCUCAAUGCCUUUACAUGUAUCCAUUAUAUUUCCUCUAGCUGGUAAACGUUAACUAAUAGGUUAGGACUCACUCUCUGCUCUCCAUACAGUAGGAUGCGUAGAAAGUAUUGUGUUCUGCAGUAGGUGUUUUUUGAAUGAGGGGGACAUAGUUUGGGAAGUAUGAAAAGGAAGGGUUUUCCAGGUAUACUAGAUGGUGGAGAAGAAGUGCAAUAGUCAAAGUGUAUUAGAAGGGCGGGUGAUGUCUUAGCCAAGCUGUGGGUUACAAGAAACUGAACCCUCUCACUAGCUAGCUCAAGGAAAGGCGGGGCAGAGUAGAGCAGGCUGAAUAAUGCCUCCCCGCCCCACACCAAAAUCUCCAUGUCCUAAUCUGUGGAACUUGUGAAUAUGUCACCUUCUGUGGCAAAAGGAACUUUGAAGAUGUGAUUAAGUUCAAGGUCUCGAGAUGGACAGAUUAUUCUUGAUUAUCUGAGUGGCCCCAGUGUGAUCACAAGAGUCCUUACCAAGGGGAGGCAAGAGGGUCAAAAUCAAAAAAAGGAGCUGUGACAAGAGGAGCUGAGGUUGGAGUGAUGUGGCUGUGAGCCCAGGGAUACCAAGGCAGUCUCCAGAAGCUGGAAGAGAUGAGAACAGACUCUCUAGUGGAGCUCCAGAAGGGACCAGGCCUGCCAUCACCUUGAUUUUAGUCCUGUAAGAAUGAUUCUAGGCAUCUGACCCCCAAAACUAAGAGAAAAAUGCUUCUGUUAUUUUAAGUCACAAAGUUCAUGGUGGUUUGUUACAGCAGCAAAGGGAAACUAACACAACCGGCAUUUAACUUGCCUUGGGGAUGCAGGCUCUCCUCCACUUUCUUCUCAGUGCAUCUCUGGCUGCCCCUGGCCCUUUCCUGACCUCCGCCUACAGCUGAAUGGAUCAGGGUUGGACAUAAUCAGAUUCUUCUCUUGGGAUUUUAAAUAUAAGACACAGAGGAUGCAGGCUCAACUUCUCCAUGAGGCACAGAGGGUCCAGGACCAAUGGUUCUCUUGGAGGCCCACGAAAAUAUCUAUUGGCCCCUGGUGUAAGCGUCAGUUAACCUGAUGGAAGGGUAGUUCACUUUCAGGUCACACCCUUUCACUCUAGUGUUACCUUUGUUCAGUGAGCUCUGUGAGGGCAAGUCAGGCUUUGCUGAGAGGCACUUCCUCCUCGUGGUGCUUUGAGGACUCUCUUACCAUGGCUUACAGUCGAUUCCACCUGAGCUGCCAGCAUACGUCUGCGAAAGUUGUUCUCAUUGAAAACUUAUGGAUUGGGACUCUGAAGAAGCUCUUCAUAGUGGGCACCUUGCUCUACAUCUGCUUUGCUUUGGUGAAUGACAAGCGGUACCAAUGGAAAGAACCUGUCAUCAGUUCUGUGCAUGCCAAGGUGAAAGGGGUGGGAGAGGUGAAAAAGGAGAUUAUGGAGAACGGACUGAAGAAGGUAGUGUGGAAUGUCUUCGACACGGCAGAUUACACUGUCCCCUUGCAGGGGAACUCUUUUUUUGUGAUGACAAACUUUCUCAAGAUAGAAGGCCAAGAGCAAGGGUUGUGUCCUGAGUACCCCACCCGCGGGACGCUCUGUUCCUCUGACCGGGGCUGUAAAAAGGGAUGGAUGGGUCCAAAGAGCAAAGGAAUCCAGACCGGCAGGUGUAUAGAGUAUAAAGGGAAGCAGAAGACCUGUGAAGUCUCCGCCUGGUGUCCCGUGGAGGCAGUGGAAAAGGCCCCAGAGCCUGCGCUCUUGGGCAGUGCUGAAAACUUCACUGUGCUCAUCAAGAAUAAUAUUGACUUCCCCAGACACAACUACACCACGAGAAACAUCUUGCCGGAUAUAAACGUCACUUGCACCUUUCACAAGACUCAGAAUCCACAGUGUCCCAUUUUCCGACUAGGAGAUAUCUUCCAAGAAACAGGAGAUAAUUUUUCAGAUGUGGCAAUUCAGGGAGGAAUCAUGGGCAUUGAGAUCUACUGGGACUGCAACCUGGACAGGUGGUUCCAUCACUGCCGUCCAAAAUACAGUUUCCGUCGCCUUGACGACAAGACUGCCAAGGAGUCCUUGUACCCUGGCUACAACUUCAGAUAUGCCAAGUACUAUAAGGAAAAUAAUACCGAAAAGCGGACCCUGAUAAAAGCCUUUGGGAUCCGUUUUGACAUCCUGGUUUUUGGCACCGGAGGAAAAUUUGACAUUAUCCAGCUGAUCGUGUACAUCGGUUCAAACCUCUCUUACUUUGGUUUGGCCACUGUGUUCAUUGACUUUCUCAUCAACACUUACUCAAAUAAAUGCUGUCGAUCCCGUAUUUAUCCCUGUUGCAAGUGCUGUGAACCCUGUGCAGUCAAUGAAUACUACUACAGAAAGAAGUGUGAAUCCAUUGUGGAGCCAAAGCAGACAUUAAAAUAUGUGUCCUUUGUGGAUGAACCCCACAUUAGGAUGGUAAACCAAAGGCUACUUGGGAGAAGUCUGCAAGAUGUUGAAGGUGAAGAAGUGCCAAGACCCCCGAUGGACUUCACAGACUUGUCCAGGCUGCCUCUGUCUCUUCACGAGCCACCCCCCAUUCCUGGACAACCAGAGACUAUCCAGCUGCUCAGUGAAGGGGCAACCCCUAGAUCCAGUGACUGCCCGAAUUGGUGCCAGUGCGGAAAGUGCCUCCCAUCCCAACUCCCUGAGAGACAAAGAUGCUUGGAGGAGCUGUGCUGUCGGAAAAAGCUGGGUGCCUGUAUCACCACCUCAGAGCCAUUCAAGAAGCUUAUCCUGUCCAGACAUGUCCUGCAGUUCCUCCUGCACUACCAGGAGCCCUUGCUGGUGCUGGAUGCAGAUUCUACCAACAGCCAGCUGCGGCACUGCGCCUACAGGUGCUAUACUACGUGGCGCUUUGGCUCCCAGGACCUGGCUGACUUUGCCAUCCUGCCCAGCUGCUGCCGCUGGAGGAUCCGGAGAGAGUUUCCCAAGAGGGAAGGCCAGUACAGUGGCUUCAAGAGUCCUUACUGAUGUGCUGAGCAGUCAUAUAAUAUUGCCUUUGCUUGCACCUUGAGCUUCACCUGCAAAGAUGUGUGUCCAGAUUUUCAGCCACAGGGAAAUGUGCUUUCCUCCUCCCCCAGCUCUGUUUGUGUCAGAGAGCAAAGUGACCGGAGUAAACAAACAGCAACUAAACUAGAAUCCCUCAGCAUGGACUGAGAGUCAAGAGAUUCAGAUUUAUAUCUCCAUUCUAUCCCUAGGAAGUUGUGUGAUCCUAGGCCUUUAACCUCUGUACCUCAUUUGCCUUAUUAUCCAAUCUAUUGUUUCACAGGGAUAUUAGGAGAGCAAAUUGAGACAGUGUACACAAACUCUCUUUUUAACGCAUAAAGAGCUACAUGAAUAUGAAGCAGCUCAUUUUGAGGUGAGACUAGGAUAAUGUCCAACUAUCAACAAACCCUUGGGUCCUGGUUAAAGAAUGGGGAGGAUUAAAAGUUUUGGCACAAAUUUUUUGGCAUUUGUCCUAUAGGACCUGAGGGGUUAUAUCUCCACCCCUUUUGUCUUGGCAGCUCUGAUCACUUUAUCCAAUGAUAAAGUGAUGCUGUGUCAGGUUCAGGGUCUUGGUCUUAAGAUGCUGUCAGCUUCCACUUCCUGUCCCUUGAAACUCUUGCUGUGAAGGAAGCAAGCUCCCAUGUAAAAAGCUGCCUAUGCUGAGUCCACCCUGCUGUGAAGAAGCCCAAGCAGCCAAGUGAAGAGGAGAGAUGCCCCCAGCAUUCAAGCCAUCCAAGCCCAUGGGAGAGAAGAAGCCUUCAGAUGAUUCCAGAUCCUGCUGGAGCCUGUGCUCCGCAACAGGAGAGGCCACAACAGUGAGAGGCCCGCGUACCACAAAAAAAAAAAAAAAAAAAAGUGAAUAGCAGGUUUUAGGAUCCCCCUGCAGGAUUUCCGUUUCAAGGUUUUGGCACUAGAACGGACUAUUUCUUUUUUAUUUUUUUUCGGACUAUUUCUUAACGACAACUAUUUUAAAGAAUAAAUAGAGAACAUUAUUCAAAAUUGUGACUAAUGAAGGAUCUGUGAGUUUUUUUUUUUUUUUUGUCGGUACGUGGGCCUCUCACUGUUGUGGCCUCUCCCGUUGUGGAGCACAGGCUCCGGACGCGCAGGCUCAGCGGCCAUGGCUCACGGGCCCAGCCGCUCCGCGGCAUGUGGGAUCUUCCCGGACCGGGGCACGAACCCGUGUCCCCUGCAUCGGCAGGCGGACUCUCAACCACUGCGCCACCAGGGAAGCCCCGGAUCUGUGAGUUUUUAAUACAUAUUCUAAGAUUUAUCAUUUUGACACUUUUUAAAAGUCAUCAGCUUUCUACUGUUUUAAUGUAAGAUAAUAUGAACAAAAACCUUCUUUUCUGGUCCCAGGAUUUCACCUGGCUUUAAACUCAGGAAUCAAGUUAACGGGGCCAGAUUUAACUCUCAUUUUUACUACCUUUCAGAGAUAUUUUUGAAAAGUGAAUUAUAUAUGACUUCUUCAGAAGUGAAAUUUUUUACUCCAAGAAUUCUAUGUAACUGCUACAGAUUUCCAUUCUGAUAGCCUCUGAGCCUUCAUAUGUUAUUUUUUGAUGCCUUCUCCCCUAGUGUGUUUCUAUCACCUUGUGGAGACCCCAGAUGGAGUCAGCAUUUGGAAUGACAAAUAAUCACUGGAUCCACCUGUUGUUUUCACCUUUCCCAGAUGCUCUGGGUGAGAAGGUGAGAGGGUGAUGUGUUACAUUAACUAUGUGCCAAAUGUCUGACACUUCCUACAACAGCAUGCAUCACAUUUAUAUUCUUAUUUUUGGUCUACAGUAGAAAAUAGUGUCAUCGCCAAAGGCAUCCCAAGGAAAGUCACAUUUUGUAAGAUCUGUUUUUUGUACUUAAAUCCAUUCUGUUAUAGUAAUUGCACAGUAUUCACUGCUUCAUCUCUGUAUUGGAGAUCUGCUUUCUUGUAACACUGCCUGAUUUCAUGUAGCAUUGGUUAUGGACUUGCAUUCCUCUCUUUAGAGGGAACCAUUUUUAAAACCCUUCCUAAUUCUAGCUUGGCAAUGUAGAUGUCUUAACAGUUUUGAUAAUAAAAAAAAAUAACGUGUAA